CUUUAUUUUGAAGGAUCUCGUUUUUAAGGGGAUGAACGUUUGCAACUUAUUCUAAUAUCUCAUAAAUAAAUAUAAAAGAUCGUCAGUUGCUGACUUAAUACUAAAUGGUUAUAACCUUAUGAUGUAGAUCUAAUACUAGUGACAGUUAAAAAAUGAGACAAAUAUCUUUCGUUUAAAAGUAAAAUUAACGUUUCAACAAUAACAUAUAUCUAGGUUGUAGGUGAAUCAUUUUCAUACAAAGGUACUAACAUUUCUGAAAGUGACUGGGAAGACCAGAAACCUUACGCUCAUUUAUUUGAAAAAAAAAAUGAAACAUUUGAAUAACAAACUUUAAUUGCAACAUGUGUAAGGCUAUCAUCAACUUUACUAAACAUAUCCUUACAAGGACAAUAUCCCAAUAAAAUGUUUCAUCCGUGCAGUCUGAUCAAGAUCUGCACUGUUCGCCAUCCAGUCAGUACCUUUUAGGUAAGCACCCCUUAUAGAAAUUUAGCAGGAUAAGGGUUAAUACUAAGCUUAUGUGAGAAUGCCAGUUGUCAAGACGAAGAACCAUUUUUCCAGGAUUAGGUCUGCCUAUCAUGGUAAAAUGUUGUGUGAAUGUGUAAAAGUUUUCCAGCUGGUUUGCCUGAUAUUUUGCCCGAGGCGUCUGUCAGUACACAAAAGAUAUACGACCUCUCGAUAUAUAUGGCGUGUGUCAAUACUCCAGAUAAUGAACCUUGCCCUCAUCAACAUCGAAAUGCUGCAAUGAAUAAUGAAAACAAAAUUAGUGACAUACACUCAACCAGCAGAUGAACGAUAAUCGUUAUGUAUACACAAGCGUGUUAUUAUAAGGGAGAUUAUGUUUACCUGUGCUUAUCACCGUGACGUUAAAUGUAUUAGACUGGGCUACAAUACGUCGCUAAUUGUCAUGUAUCUUUGAUUUUUACUGACAUUUCUCUUUAUUAGAGCAAGUAAUUUAUCUCAGACAUUAAUUAAUCACAUGAAACAUGCAAGAGAAACGUUCCUCGACCAAACCAACAAGCCCAGAUCAAAUAAUCGAGGAUCUGGGUGGUUGUGGCAGGUUUCAGGUAUUCAUGGGUAUUACAGUCCAUCUCACAAAGACGCUCAUAAGUUUCAGUGUAAUGAGCACGAUUAUGUUAACCGCUACUCCUCCGAAAUGGUGGUGUGCUAAUGAUAAAGUGAAGUUUAAUAAAACAUCGUGCUCAGUGGAUGCCAAUGCAACAUGUCCUGAAAAGACGUGUUUUAUGAAUGAUACCAAGUGUGAAACAUUUGAAUUUGCCGGUGUUAGGACAUUAGUGUCUGAGUUCAGCCUUCUGUGUGACCUUGACUACAUUCCAAGUACAGUGAUGUCACUACAGGCUUCCGGUAUGCUUGUAGGAAGUCUCAUAGCGGGGUAGAUAUCCGAUACCUUUGGAAGAAAACCCAUAUACUUCGCUGGAAU